AGCACCGUUUUUCUCGACACUCUCAAGCCGCGAUAUUACACCUCCACUCUGACAUUCACUCACACACAUACACAGCAGCCUGGUGUAGCUACACAAAAUCAUUCAAAUAGGGCACCAUACACAGCGCCACAGAGUGAUUUGCAGCUCCAGAAGGGGCAAAAAGGAUGAAAAUGUUAUUUGUGCGUUCUUAACAUAAAACCCAUUUUUUCGGAUUUAUCUCUCGUGAAAAUCGUUACGGUGUCGAUUUUUGUGAAACAAAUAGGCCUUCACGGAAGUUUUUGAGUUUUAAUUAAGUGAUUUAAUACCCUACUACAUAAGUGUGAAAAGGAUCCAUCUUAUCUUCGAUUGCUGUCAGCACCAGGAAAAUGGAUUAGUAGCUUGAAAUUCGUUCAAGUUCUCCAAACCUCAUCUACGACUGGAAAAAAGAUGGAUGGAUAAGAUAACAGCUCAAAUGAAGUGAUGUUUGAAUUAUGAAAGGCUGUGAAAGUGAUUCAACAACGGUACAGAUACUGAAACCCAUCCCCUCGCAGCGAAUCACACCCGAACGCAAAUGAUCAUUAAAUGAGUCUGCAGCAUUUGCGACAUGUCCGUACAGCUGUAAGUCAUCAAAGAUGAUAGUGAGUUUAUUCCCCGACCACAUAUGGGGAGGAUGCGCAGCACAGAAAAGCCACCACCAGCAUAAGAAUCUGCUCUACCAUCGGAUCAUCUACGCCCUUAUUAGCGAUAAGUACAUCAAGAACCGGAAGCUGCGCAAAUCGUACUUUGCACUGCUUUACCUGUCGUACGUGUUUAUCAAGAUGCUUCCAAUGACGUUAGCCAUCGAAACUACCAACACCGGGGCCAAACCGGUCACGGGGCUCAACGUGCGGUCCCGCACGCUGCCGGAGAUGGUGGCACCUCACCUGGAGGAGGACGACGACGACUACAUGGACGAAGACAUCGAUGAGUACGACAUCGUCAACAACAAGUCUGCCAAAGGAAUGUACGUCGGAGCCCCGUGCGAAUUUACGUGCCACGCCAAGCUGCAUCACGUGUACUGUGAUCCUUCCUCCAAUACGUGCAGCUGUGAGAAGGAUUACGUAGUGCUGAUUGGAAUACUGAGAGGAUGUGCCAAGCCCAAAAAGUUGGGGCAACAAUGCUUCUACGAUCAAACCUGCAUCUACAACGACGAGCACGCCCUCUGCGUGCAGAUUAGUCACAACGCCAUUUGCCAGUGUGCUCCCGGUUUCCACUCCGUUAGCUACGUAAAGCCAACCAGACGUGUCUUCUGCACACAAGAUAUGGCUCAAAUAACUGCAGAUCUUCCGACGCUCUUCGGUGUCACCAGCGGCAUUGCCGUGCUAGCCGGGCUCAUUUGCAUGGUACUGCAUUUAUUUAGCAAAACGAAAUACCCUCGACCUCGACAUUUUGGCGAUGCUAACCUUGCACCGCCGAUUUUGUACAACAGUGAUACAGGGAUUCCAUUGACAAUACAGUCGGCAAGGCCGUCAUCGCGUUCCAGUCAACGAUCUAGCGGCUCCAUCGGUUCCUAUGGCAAUCGACGGCCGUCAAGUGCUCCAUUGCACGGUUCCAAAGGUGUCUUGGUGUCAACCUCGCGUACAGGUUCACGAAGACCAAGUUUAGCUUCAGUUCACAGUACAACGUCGUCGGUUCGGAGUUACAGCAUGCGGCGAUUCGAGGCGGAAAUUCAACAGAAGGAACUGCGGCAAGAAAUGAAGAAACAUUUGGUUCGGCUGCAGGAGCAACAACAGCUGCAGAAAAUCAAACCCAACAUCAUCAUCGGCGACGUGAUAUCCUGUCCGAUGAACAAACCCAUUCUCACCACCCCCAGCCCGAUGACGCCGAACUCGAUAGACGAUCUGCUGCCGUCGGUUGACGAAACACAGGAGUUUUCUCCUAACCUUAGCCAGAGAUCUGCUAGUGAUAGUAUGUGCGGUGGCUACGAUGGCCCCUGCAGUUCCACUGAGCUACUAAAAUAAUAAACGGUGCAAAACUGACUAAAUGACACAAAGUCUCAAACUCACACAACCCAUGAAGGAUACAACCUAGAGGUUAUCAUCAUUGUUGAUUAGACAUUUUAUGGAAUUUUUAGAUAAGUUACACUAUUAAGUACGACAUUUAUAUAGUGUAAUUCAGAUGUAGUCUAGAAUAUUACAACAACAACAACAACAGCCAUAACAAAAAAACGAAUGCAAACGGUAACAACAUGAUGACGUUGAUGAAGAGAUAGUUGAAAACAGUAGACCAAUCUAAUCAAAUCAAACAAAAAUCUGGUUAUGAAUCGAAUCGAUUUAGCUCUUGUUUCCGAACACUGUAGUAUCAGUUGACUGAUAGGACAAAACCCCAAUUGAAGUUCCAUGUUCCAUAUAGUGCAUCUGAGUCUCAGAUUUAAAGUUUAAUGUGAGCAAAUUUAGCAAAACAAAAAGCGCAGUAUUCUACUACUAAUUCCAUUACAUAAGCAAUAAUUGAACCCAGAACAAAAAAACAGCUCAACAAGUUUUGUAAGUGCAGUCGCUAAGUUUUGAUCAGUUGAACAAUAGGAACAUACAAGUUUACAAAAAUCAAGGAAUGAGCAAACCGAAAAUAUUCUUAUGAUGGAAUCGUUCGAAUAAAAACGUCUGAAUAAAACAGUGAACGGAACUAAAAAUAAUAAUUGAGUUACAAAACAGACACAAGCAAAUCGCUCGGCCGCAGGAACAUUCUUCUUCGAUCAGUAAGCGAUUGAGUUGCAGAAAGCAAUGUGAUAAUAGAAUAUUGCUAAAUAGACUUGACCUGCUGAAUCUCCGAAGAAUCAGCAUUUAAUUGAGUUUUCGGAUUCUAUUAUUCACCAACAAAUUACAACAAAUCUUAUUCUAGAUCGAUGAAAGUGUAGUAUAACUGUCUGUUGUUAUUUAGGGAUUGAAACUAAUUCUAAAACUGAUUUUACGACAAACAGGCACGCUGAUACUUAUCAAGAUUAAGUUACCCAAUACUAUGUUCUUCAAUUGCAUGUGAAGGAUGGUCAUUAAAUUGAAUUCGUUUCCUAAUUAAGUAUAUGCAGGCUAAUGCUGUAAGGUGCUAUUGAUUAUUUUAUUAUCCAUAAACGAUCAAGUAACACAUUCAUAAACCUUUUUAGACAAACGCUACACAGAUUUCACAAUAAUGAUAGUCAUGAUGAAAAAUACAUAAUUAUUUUUAAAAAUAUAUAUAUUUUACAGGUAAGCAAUGGCCUUUCAGCUUUGGGAAUUGAGUUAACUAUUGUACCAACAGACAUCAAGGUUACAAUUUUUUCAUUAAUAUUUUUUAUUUCCGAAUGAUUGAAGGUUGCACGAAUUUCAAAAGGAUCUGUAGGUACCUUCAAACAAGCUUGCUGCCUUGAUUCAAACGAAGAAAUCAGUUUCAUUAACCCAUAGAACAGCGAAUGGUUGAUUUUAACAGUCUCUGCCAGAAUCAAAAUUGAGCAAGAUAUUGUAUUAUUCAGCACAUUCAAGUAGCCGAGUGUAAAGGGUGAUUACAAUAGAAUUGCAACACAAAACUUUAUUCCUUAAAAAAAGGUUUUUCGACGGCUUACUUGGAACUUACAAGACUCUUUUUAAAAUGUUGUACAACAUCGGAAUUAACAUGAUAUUCGGAUCAGAUUGCAUUCGACGCAAAAUCCUGUCUCAUUGUUUCCUAUUGAAAAUUGGCUAGAUCGGACCAUGGGCUAGGAAGUUAUGGCCAAAAUACUUUUUUCAUGAAGAAGCGCGUAAAAAAGUCUAACUCACUUUUCUUACACUUACCCUCAAUCGAUUUAUUCGCAACAGUUUACAUUCGACGUAGAAGCUUGUUUUCUAUUGGAAAUUGGCCAAAUUGAACUAUGGACAAGCAAGUUAUAGCCAAAAUAUUUUUUUCAUGAAGAAGCGCGUAAAAAACUCUCGUUCACUUUUUUGCACUUACCCUUAACCGAUCUACUCGCAUCAGAUUGCAUUCGACGCAAAAUCCUGUCUCAUUGUUUCCUAUUGAAAAUUGGCUAGGGCUAGGAAGUUAUGGCCAAAAUACUUUUUUCAUGGAGUAGCGCGUAAAAAAGUCUAACUCACUUUUCUUACACUUACCCUCAAUCAAUUUACUCGCAACAGGUUGCAUUCGACGCAGAAACUUGUCCCAUUGUUUCCUAUUGAAAAUUGGCCAGAUCGAACUAUGGCCAAAAUACUUUUUGCCUUUCUCGUAUAAAUACAAGGUAUACGUAAAGGCUAUAUGUUCGCUCCAAAAACAAACUUUUUAAAGAAGGCUCGGAAACCCAUAGUGUUAUAUACCAAUCGACUCAGCUCGACGAAUUGAAGUGAUGUCCUUGUAUGUGUGCGCACCACUUUUUUUUUGCACUUACCCUCUACCGAUUUCUUCGCAACAAGCUGCAUUCGACGCAGAAUCCUGUCCUAUUGGAAAUUGGCCGAAUCGAAUUAUGGGCUUGAAAGUUAUGACCAAAAUACUUUUUCGCAUGAAAAAGCGUAUAGAACAGUUCAGAUCACUUUUUUUCACUAACCCUCAACCGAUUUACCCUCAACGCAGUAUCCUGCCACAUUGUUUCCUAUUGAAAACUGGCCGUAUUGGAUCAUGGGCUUGGAAGUUAUGGCCAAAAUAUGUUUUUUACAAAGAAAUCAAAAAAAAAAAAAUUUCAUCGAAAAAUCGCCUAAAAAGUGUUACUCAUUUUUUUGGAACUUAUUCCUAACCAAUUUG